AUGUCACUGAGGCCUAUCGUCUUAACUUUUGCAGGCUUGAUUGGAAAUAGCCUGGCAUACCGACCUCCAACAAGUGGAGCUGUAGGAUUGGCCGGCGUAUCGACGAGUGGACGACGAGAUGCACGAUCCAUGCCAAGCUGUCACAAGCCUGAUACCGAGCCGCCCGAAACCUUGCUGCCACGCUAUACAACCACUGGACCUGGCCUCCUGCAGUUCAGCUUCAUCAGAUCUGUUCAUCAGAUCUGUGCAUCAGACCUGUUCAUCAGACCUGUGAUCUCGUCAAUCGUACAAGCAUCAGAUCAUAAUGAUAAUAUAUUCAUCACGCCUCCUGGACCAGGACCAACCCUGAUCUAUGCUGGCAAUCCAAUUUGGGCACUUGACAGCACUCAAACUAUCAGCUGGAUAACUAACCUUACCUCAUAUCGAAUCGAGCUAUGGCAACAAGGCAUAGAUCCAGGUUUUGGCUAUAGCAUCAGCAGAGUACACGACUCUUCCGCAGCUGGCACUGGAGCUGGCUCACAUUCUAUAUCCUGGGACGUCGACCUAUACACCUCGAAUCUGACUUUCUCGCCAGUCUACUUCUUUUGGCUGAAUCCGAACACCCCAGAAGGAUUCACUUCGCAUUACUUCAACAUCUCAGCAGAUGCACCUUCAAGUGAUACAGUUGUCACCAGCACGUCUGCGAAUGGCGACAAAGUGUCCCCAGUGGCCACGACAGCAAGCUUGAUCAGCGCCAGCACCAGCGCACUGUCAACAACAAAUGAGCAGCAACAGAGUGACCCCACUGAGACCACAACGCCACUCAUUCUGAAGGUCGCCAGCACGUCUGCAAUUGAGAAUGAACUGCCCUCAGCGACCACGACAGCAGGAUUGCUCGGCGCCAGCACCAGCGCACUGUCAAUAACAAACGAGCAGCAACAGAAUUACCCAACUGAGACUACGACGCCACUUAUCCCGGAGAUCGCCAGCAUGUCUGCAUACGGGAAUGAAAUAUUCCCAGCGACCACGACCGCAGAAUCGAUCGGCGCUAGCACCAGUGCACUGCCAACAACAGCAAACGAGCAGCAACGGAAUCACCCAGCCGAAACCACAAUGCCACUGAGUCUGAAGAUUGGCAUGGGAAUAGGGAUAGGACUUGGAGUGCCGCUUCUGGUCGCAGCAGGCGCAUUUAUCGGCAUCAGGCUGCAAAGACGACGGAAAGGAGCUAUGCCAGAAGCUGCUAGCUACGAGACGAUGCCUCCUUACGAUUCACCGCGCUACCAUGAGCCCUUUCCUAUCUAUCAGCUGGAUGGCCAAAGCAAACGAAUAUCUGUAUAUCAAUUGAGCGAUCGUGGGGAUACUCCUCGGAUGUUUUCGCGAGCUGAACUUGGCUGACGAUACUUGACUGCCGUGGAUAGAGCUCAGCAGGCAGACGGGAAGAUGGAAGUAUAUAGCAUUCUCGUAAACAAACUGGCCGGAUGACGUGCAUGUGCGAGCUUCCGGAAAGAAGUGUCUACGUCAGCUAGGAGGUAGGAGCCUAGGAGGUACAUACAUGUACUCGCGUUGCGCCGCUCAAGCUUCGUACAUGCAUGCAUACCUAGGUAAUGUGGCUGAUGCUGUCACUUCUCGUAGAGUC